AUGCCGCUCCCGAAAAGGCUAGUGGAACCCGUGCACGUUGCGCGUGGUACCAUACCCGACGAUUUUCCAUUGCCAUCGGAAUUGGAAGCUGCUACCAAUGGUACACUGGCCAAUACGAUUAGGCAAUUGUCAAGCCUAUCCAGACACGCCGAGGACCUCUUCGGGGAACUCGCAAGAGAAGCUCAUGGACUGAGCGACAGAGCAAAUUCUUUGCAGGCUAGGAUAGACAGGCUGGCUGUGAAGGUGACGCAAUUGGACAGCAACGUGGAAGAAGUUUCUUUGCAAGAUAUUCACAUGAGAAAGGCCUUCAAGAGUUCCGUGGUAUUCGACCAGCAGGUCGUCUCCAGGGAUACCAUGCCCACUGUCAUGCUGGAGACUUAUCAUCAGUGCGACAAACCGCCGCCUUUGGAUAAACUUAAUGAUUACAGGGAGGACGGAAAGGACGGUUUGAAGUUUUACACUGAUCCCAAUUACUUCUUUGAUCUGUGGAGUCAGCAGGUGCUCAAGGAUACUGAGAAGAAAUUGCACGAUAGGGGCAAGAAGACCGAGUCUGAAUAUGCCGAACAGUUCAGAGAGCCUCACAGGCCACGCAAUGAAGGAAGCAGUGGUGGAGGUGGCCGCCACAAGAAACGUAUAAGGCAGCCUCAUAACACCAAGGAGAGACAGAGGCAAUUGGCCGUCGGUCAUGGAGAAUAUAUUAUGCCAACCCAGGGUGUACAAUACAGGGUUCCUCAUAAUAUACCCGACGAGGCGUUACUGGGUAUGGUGAUGACUGAUAAUAGGCCACCGAGGCCAAACAGCAUAGAACUUCGACGCAGUUAUCCACCGGAGGAACAGCAUCUCUAUAGUCCUCCGGCAUCGGAUCAUUAUAGGGCAGCAAAUUACGCGGCUCAGGGUUACGAUGAGAAUCUUUAUGGAUCUCAUUAUGCUCCUAGCCAAGGACAACCUGGUAGCGAGACGUAUCAGAGUCCUGGGGGACAGAGUACUCCCAGCAGAGGAGGUAGGUCGAGACCUUCGCAACCUCCACCAGCACCGCCUAGCAACGCUUCCAGCAACUCGACUCCUACCGUCGCUUCCGCCAAUAAUACUCCUACCAGGGGAAGGUCUACAAGUAUCGUGAGGGAUACUCUACCACCGCCACCACCACCACCUGGGGAAACCAUGUCGCCCCCAUCUAUGAAUGGCUCUAUACCGUCGCACUUGCUUAAUAGAAGCGGAAGUCGGUCCAGCAGUCCUCUACCAAGUCAUCACUCGACACCUACUCCGCCAAAUCAUUCAACUCAGGUCAGCAUGGAUGAACCGGAUCCUGUGCCUCAGGAUCUGCCUCCGCCACCACCAACGCCUGAUCCUACACCGCCAAGACCACCCUCACCCCCAACCAAUAUCCCACCACCGCCACCACCACCACCUCCGCCACCAAUAUUAUUAAACGGACCAUCAAUGCCGAUGCCACUUACCAAUGGAGACAUUGCCAAAAUGAUUGCAAAUAAUCCACCGAAGUUGAAACCUCUAAAGAAUAUGGUGGACGGUGAAAUAAGGAAGUCCGUCAAUCCAAAUCCUCCGGUUGAUCCCAGGAACGAUCUGCUCAAGGCUAUCCGAGAUGGUAUAAAGCUGCGCAAAGUCGAGAAGAUCGAACAGAAGGAAGUAGAGCGUGUCAACACCCUCAACGACGUAGCGUCCAUAUUGGCGCGUCGAGUCGCCGUCGAAUUCAGCGACAGCGAUUCAGCAUCCGAGAGCGAAUGCGACAGCGAAGGCUGGGGUGAACAGGAAACGAACCUGGCGUGACCCAAUACACUUCCGUCUACCGUCACUGCCACUUAGAGUAAAGCACGGCUGACGAUACUUCCGGUUUUCCUUUGUCGUGUCACGUUUAACACGUCACACCGCACGGGCUAUUCUAUCUUCGUGUAAUAAUGAUCGGAAAUGAACUUCGUUUCCUUGAAGGAGGGAGGGAGAUAAUUAAGUCUUUAAUUUUUGUACUUUAAUCGAGUCAUUCGUUUCUUAUUUCUUUGUCUCAACGAAGACGGUAACACGGUGCUGAUAGGUCGCUGAAUCGUCACUGACUUGUCUCUGGGGAACAAACUCUAAUGGCGACAUUUUCAAACGAUUCUAAGUAACACUAGGUUCAACAUGGUAUCCGCGUAAGACACUACUGUUUAAUACGUCGUCUUUAAUACUCCGUACGUCAAGAUUGUAAUUCUCUGUUUAAAUUAAUAUCUCGCAAGUACCUUGUUCCUCUUAAACUAAGAGAUCCUUCGUCUUUACCUGAUGCUACAGUCUGUCGACUGUUACCUUCGUAGCCGAACUAAGAAUUAUACCAGGGAAUCUGUUAAUAUAGUAUAUCCGCAUGGGAUUAAUGCACUGCUUUAUGUACAUCGACGUUUCAGUCGGUUUUAAGAAUCGUCAGUCGUAAUUUCUUAAGUUAUCCUCCUCCCUCCCAGACACCCAGAUAAAAGGAUAACCUCGAUUCAAUCCAAACGCAAUAACCAAACCCAGUCGAAACACUAGGUAAUUGUUUGUCAUGUCGCAAACUACUGUAUUAAAAUCAAACAGCCUACACUUGGCAACGAUUAUAAUCGACAUGAUUAAAAUACGUUGAGACGAGACUUCAACGAAACAGAUACACCUUACGUAAAUACUAGAUAGUAAUGAAAUUUUGAAAAUUCUAUUAAAGCAAAUCGCCGAUCUUCGUUUGACAGUGCCUGUACAGGCUGGCAAGAUGAUGCGACAAGAGUAAAGAUAAGAUAAUUGUUGGCGCUGAACAGCGUUUAACUCGGCUAGCUUUCGCACGGCCGUCCCUCUAGAAGCCCGCGAGACGUUUGCCAAAAAAAGAAUAAAGAGAAAAACAAAAAGAAGAAGCGCGAACUACCUUAGAUAGUAAUGAAGGGGGGAAAAAAAAGACGGAGAGAAAAUGACAUCGAUGACAACCGUGACAUGGUGUCGCUUAUGUGUAUGUGUGUGUAUGUAAAAAAUUGCAUACGGAUUUUUGUCAUUGAAAACUAUUUCUUUCUUGAGAUUUUUCCAAAUAGAAAAUAAAGACUUACGGAUAAUAAAAGAGAUAAAAAUGGACAGUACCAAUGUUUUUUCAUCUAGGCAUAUACGAAUGCAUGCAUAGUAAAUGCGCACAGUAAGACAAGAAUCUUGGUUUGCUCUUUCUUCUCUUUACCUGAUCGAGUGCGGUCUUUCAAGAGAAUUUCCUUUCGCGUCAAGAGAAAAAGGAACAUUAACCUUACUUUUAGGCACAUUCCGCAGUACGAUUAGUAUAUAUAAACAUAUAUAUGGGAAUAAACGACGAAUCUUGCUUUAAAAAAAAAUUAAACGUUUACUCUUAUUCUUAUUGUUACUGUACUUGGGAUUCAUCUUGUGUACAAUAAUUAUGCAAUCACAUGUGUAUCGUUGCAAGUAAGCCGAAUACUUUGUGUACCGCGUACAGACAAAUUGAUUAAUGUGUGCUUGUGUACAUGCGAUCUAAUGGAUGGCACAAUUAAUUAAUUAAUUAAUUAAUUAACAUGCUCAUCAUUCAAUUGCUAAGAGACUGUUGUAAUUUUUCUGACGCUUUUCAUACGGAAAACGUUUCACGUCGUCUCCUUUGUUCUUUGGUCACUCCUGAAUUUUUACUAUGGGUGUACGGAGAUAACAAAGACAAAGGACGAUAGUACAGAGAGAGAGAGAGAGAGAGAGAGAGAGAGAGAGAGAGAGAGAGAUACAAGAAGUGCGCAAGUAUUCAUGAGUGUUAUUUAUCAUUAUUCCUCUAAUGGAAAACCGAAACAGUCGAUUGAUUAAACCAAAAUACUCUGUACAUGUAAGAUUUAUUGAGAAUGAUGUAAUUAAGUAAUGAUGUUGGGGAUAUAUAGUGCGUGCGAGAGAGAAAGAGAGGUACGAUGUUUUUUUAGCGUUUGAUAGAAUUAAAAUGGAGGGUAUAAUAAUAAUAAUAACGAUAAUGAAUAAGUGCAUGAUGCUUAACGAAGUGAGAAAAAAAAAUGGAUUCAACAAAAAUGUAAUAUUGUUAUUGAGAUAAGAUAUAGUGGCCAAUUUUUUGCAAUGGAGAGAGCGAAAGUAAACGAGAAAGAGAUGAUAGAGGGGUCGAUAAAUAAGGGAUGAUAUAAAGGUAAUAUUAUAAUUUAUUUUGCAUCGAUGUUUAAAAGCGGAAGUAAAAUGGUGACUAUGAUAAUACGUGUAUAUAUAUAUAAUGUACACGGAAAGCGUAUUAUAUACAUGAUAACGUGUAUAAAUACGCAUAUAAUAAUAAUAAUAAUAUAUAAAUAUUGUCCGUUAACCUAUAGCAAAUAAUAAUAUGUCCAGCGUACAGUAGCGUUUACGAAAACGUGACGAAUCGAGUCAUAAUUGUCAUUAACUGUAUUCUCCCUUUCUUAAAGAUAUAUUUCUUUUUUCGAAAUUACGAAAAAAAAAAACAAAA